AUGAUUCCGAGCCAAGUUCCCACGGUCUCCGAGGUGUUGAGAGCAGAAUUCUUGGGAAGACGACGGGAAGCACGGCGAAGACAGCGUCAACGCCGAGCACAGCAGAGACAACAACGAAGCACAAGCACUCGACGACAACGCCGAGCACAACGAUAUGAACAAAUACUGAUUGAACGGGAAACUCGUUGGCACGAGGAAUUCAGCGAACGCCAACGACGAAAAGCAGAAGAACGAGCUCAUGAAGACUAUUUGCGAAGACGAUCUCCUACUUUUGACGAACGCCUAGAGGAGAUCAUUCAGGAACAACUGAUAGAUGUAUACGAAUGGGAAAAGAUGACAUCCAAAGAGCGUUGGGAAAACGCGCAAGCAGAAGAAUUGGAAGGUAUUGCUGCUUUGGAGCAGUUAGCCUUAGUACACGAUGAGAUCGAGCAAUCACAAAUUAUCCACGAACUCGAGAGAUCGGAAGAAGACGAACUACGAGAACGAAAGCAAAGGGAAGAACUUCGCGAUCAACACCAUGUGUGUCUGUUAGAAUCAACUUCCACACAGCGAUCCAUGAAUUCAACAUUGGAUCCUAUCGAACAGGAGCAACAGAUCCAUCUGCUCGAAAGCUCACAGGAAGCCCGACAGCAAACACCAGAUGACUACGACCAGCUACAGUUGCAAGAAUGGGAGAGAGGUGCAUCUCAACACUAUCACUAUGAUCGGAACCCAUGCCCUGGGCUAUUUCAGAAAUAA